UAGUAAAAAAAUUAUGCGGAACUUGGACUGAAGCAAAUUCGCAGAGCACGUGGCACAUGCCGAGCAACAAAGUUAUCAGUAAACCAAGUAAAACUAGUAUAAAAAUCCAUUGCUGGUACUUCAACUUCACAACCCUCUUCAUUUUUUUCUGUGUUGUUUGGUUUCUCUCUGCUAGCUAAUUAGCUUGAGAAGACUUCCCAGAAACAAUAUGAUUUCCAGGUUCAUGAGGAGGCCCUUCAAAUUGAUUAGAAACCUAGUAGACAAGCAAAGCAUGAAUGAUAAGACCAGGAGUACUUCAAUGGCAGCUGUUGGUUUGGGACUACUACUCACACAGAUUUCACAAGGGAAUAUGAAGUCGUCGAAUAUCGUUGUGAAACCAGCCUUGAGAUUGAGAAUCAAACCCACGGUUACGGCCGGUUGCAGCUCCCGGCGUGAUCAGCAGCACUCAUGUUAUCUUAAAGCUUGCCAUCUAUGCAACAAGGGAUUGAGCCUUGAUAAAGAGGUCUAUAUGUACAGAGGGGAUAUCGGAUUUUGCAGCAUAGUGUGCCGGGACAGGCAGAUUGUUAUGGAUGAAAUGAGAGAUCUAGAGGGUUCCACUAAGAAAAUGCUAGCAGCAUAUAGGCGCCGUUCUUGCACCAGCAAAGUUUUAGAGGAUGUUCAUCUGCAACACGACCGAAAACCUAGUCGGCGAACAAUAUUUGCUCUUUGACAUACAUCAGCUUAGUACAUCGAUCAACAAAUAGUACUUAUCGAAACCGAUUUUAAAUUAGUUAGCU